CGCGCCCCGUCGGCGGGCGCCUGCGCAGUGGCCCGGAACCAAGAUGGCGACGCCCAGUGGAGCCCUCUGGACCGCGCUGCUCCUGGUGACCGCGGCACUGGCGUUGGCGGGCGCCGUGUCCGAGCCCACCACCGUGCCGUUUGACGUGAGGCCCGGAGGCGUCGUCCAUUCCUUUUCCCAGGACGUAGGGCCCGGGGGCAAGUUUACAUGUACAUUCACAUAUGCUUCCCAAGGAGGGACCAAUGAGCAAUGGCAGAUGAGCCUGGGGACAAGCGAAGACAGUCAGCACUUCACUUGUACCAUCUGGAGGCCUCAGGGGAAGUCCUACCUGUACUUCACACAGUUCAAGGCCGAGGUCCGGGGUGCUGAGAUCGAGUAUGCCAUGGCCUACUCCAAAGCUGCGUUUGAGAGAGAGAGUGAUGUCCCCCUUAAAAACGAGGAAUUUGAAGUGGCCAAGACAGCAGUGUCUCACAGGCCUGGGGCCUUCAAGUCUGAGCUCUCCAAGCUUGUGAUCGUAGCCAAGGCAGCACGCUCGGAGCUGUGACCCCCGCCUGCCUGGGCGACUGCCCACUACUUGUCUGGGAUGCUGGUGUUGCCCUGUCUGCAGCUCACGCUGCAGCACUGCUGAACUCUGAGCCUGUCACCCAUCUCCCCAGGUGCAGGGCAUGCUGGGGGCCCGGGGGAGGGGGCCUGGCUUUGCGCAAGUCAGGUGUGGUUCCCCCUCUAAGCUGCAGGUGAGCACCCCAUCCCCGGGACUGUUUCUUACCCACCCAAGGCACCUCCAUUCAAAAGGAGGGGAAGAGACGGAGCAAAUAAACCAAUAAACACCACCCCAGCUGGGGCUCUCUGGGCUCAGGA